CUCCCCCGCCUCCUCCGACGCUGCCGCCGCCUAUCCUUCCUUGAUUCUUCCCCUCGGAAAAAUGGUUCCUCUGCGAGCAAGGGUUAUUCUCACGGCUGGGGAGAUGAGUGAGUGAGUGAGUGAAGUGUUUGACAAACAAGGACAGGAGUUCAGAUCUCCAGCACCCACUAAAUGCCAGAUGUACGCAUCUCAGGAUUGAGGGGAAGAAACAAGUCAUGGGCCGGCGGUCAGGAUACUUCUUUGGGAAUUGUUGCUGCUGCUACUACUUCACAGAGUCAUACAAUGAGUGUUUGGUUUAAGGAAGAUUUUUAUAUUUAAAAGAUUUUCAUCUUGGGAAUAUAGCAAGUGAAAAUUUCAUUCUCUUGGGAAACAUUUUCCUCCUAAUAAAUUAUACUUGUAGUGGGUGACAUGGCAGACAACACAGUUGUAUAUAGUGGUGUGAAAAACUCUUUGAAGGAAGCUAAUCAUGAUGGAGACUUUGGAAUUACACUCGCAGAGCUGCGGGCUCUCAUGGAGCUCAGGUCCACAGAUGCUUUACAGAAGAUACAGGAAAGCUAUGGAGAUGUCUAUGGAAUUUGCACCAAGUUGAAAACAUCUCCCAAUGAAGGUUUAAGUGGAAAUCCUGCAGAUUUGGAAAGAAGAGAAGCAGUGUUUGGAAAGAACUUUAUACCUCCUAGGAAGUCAAAAACCUUCCUUCAAUUAGUAUGGGAAGCUUUACAAGAUGUCACUUUAAUUAUCCUGGAAAUUGCAGCCAUAGUCUCAUUGAGCCUUUCUUUUUAUCAACAUCCAGAAGGGGAUGCUACACUUUGUGGAGAAGUUUCUGUCAAGGAAGAAGAAGGGGAAGGUGAAACCGGAUGGAUUGAAGGAGCCGCGAUCCUCUUGUCAGUCAUGUGUGUGGUGUUGGUGACAGCCUUCAAUGACUGGAGUAAGGAGAGGCAGUUCCGAGGUCUGCAAAGCCGAAUUGAACAAGAACAGAAGUUCACGGUCAUCAGGGGCGGUCAAGUCAUCCAGAUACCUGUAGCUGACAUUAUGGUUGGAGACAUUGCCCAAGUGAAGUAUGGCGAUCUUCUCCCGGCCGAUGGCAUACUGAUUCAAGGCAAUGACCUUAAAGUUGAUGAAAGUUCAUUGACUGGUGAAUCUGAUCAUGUUAAGAAGUCUCUAGAUAAGGAUCCCUUACUUCUAUCGGGUACUCAUGUCAUGGAAGGUUCUGGGAAAAUGGUAGUUACAGCUGUAGGUGUGAAUUCUCAAACUGGAAUUAUCUUUACCUUACUGGGAGCUGGAGGUGAAGAACAUGAACAGAAACGUGAGAAGAAAAAAGAAAAGGAAAAUAGGAAACGAGAUGGAGCUAUUGAGAAUCGCAACAAAGCAAAAGCCCAGGACAGUGCAGCCAAGGAAAUGCAGCCUUUAAAGGGCGAAGAAGGGGAGGACAGUGAUGAGAAGGACAAGAAGACAAAUCUGCCCAAAAAAGAAAAGUCCAUUCUACAAGGAAAACUGACAAAACUGGCCGUUCAGAUUGGCAAAGCGGGUCUGCUGAUGUCCACCGUCACAGUUAUCAUUCUAGUGUUAUAUUUUGUGAUUGAUACCUUCUGGGUCCAGAAGAGACCAUGGCUUGCUGAGUGCACCCCGAUCUACAUACAGCACUUGGUGAAGUUCUUCAUUAUUGGAGUCACGGUUCUGGUGGUGGCCGUGCCCGAAGGUCUGCCGCUGGCGGUCACCAUCUCCUUGGCCUAUUCAGUCAAGAAAAUGAUGAAGGAUAAUAACUUAGUGAGGCAUCUGGAUGCUUGUGAGACCAUGGGGAAUGCUACAGCGAUCUGUUCAGAUAAAACGGGAACACUGACAAUGAACAGAAUGACCGUUGUGCAAGCUUACAUAAAUGAUCAGCAUUACAAAAAGAUUCCUGAACCAGAAGCUAUUCCUCCAAAUACUCUGUCCUAUCUAGUAACAGGAAUUUCUGUGAAUUGUGCUUAUACAUCAAAAAUAUUGCCACCGGAGAAAGAGGGUGGAUUACCUCGUCGUGUGGGUAAUAAAACAGACUGUGCCUUGUUGGGACUUCUCUUGGAUUUAAAACGGGAUUAUCAAGAUGUUAGAAAUGAAAUACCAGAAGAAGCAUUGUACAAAGUCUACACCUUCAAUUCUGUUAGGAAGUCCAUGAGUACAGUCCUGAAAAAUUCAGAUGGAAGUUACCGCAUCUUCAGCAAGGGUGCAUCUGAGAUCAUGCUGAAAAAGUGUAUCAAAAUCUUGAGUGCUAAUGGUGAGGCAAAAGUAUUCAGCCCCAGGAACCGUGAUGAUAUUGUGAAAACUGUGAUUGAGCCGAUGGCCUCGGAAGGCCUGAGAACCAUCUGUCUGGCAUUCAGAGAUUUCCCAGCAGGCGAGCCAGAGCCCGAGUGGGACAAGGAGAAUGAUGUCAUCACUGGCCUCACUUGCAUUGCUGUUGUGGGGAUUGAAGAUCCUCUGAGGCCUGAGGUACCAGAGGCAAUAAAGAAGUGCCAGAGAGCUGGCAUUACUGUGCGCAUGGUCACUGGUGAUAAUAUUAAUACUGCUCGUGCUAUUGCUACCAAAUGUGGUAUUUUACAGCCGGGGGAAGAUUUCCUUUGCUUAGAAGGUAAAGAUUUUAACCGAAGAAUACGGAAUGAGAAAGGAGAGAUUGAACAAGAGAGGAUAGACAAGAUUUGGCCAAAGCUUCGAGUCCUCGCAAGAUCCUCCCCCACCGACAAACAUACACUGGUUAAAGGUAUAAUUGACAGCACUGUCUCCGAGCAACGUCAGGUUGUGGCUGUAACCGGUGAUGGUACAAAUGACGGCCCCGCACUAAAGAAAGCAGAUGUUGGAUUUGCAAUGGGCAUCGCUGGGACUGAUGUGGCUAAAGAAGCAUCUGAUAUUAUUCUCACAGAUGACAACUUUACAAGCAUUGUUAAAGCAGUUAUGUGGGGACGAAAUGUCUAUGACAGCAUCUCAAAGUUCCUUCAGUUCCAGCUUACUGUUAAUGUAGGAGCAGUGAUUGUUGCUUUCACGGGCGCUUGUAUUACUCAAGAUUCACCACUUAAGGCAGUACAGAUGCUGUGGGUCAACCUCAUCAUGGACACACUGGCUUCCCUGGCCCUGGCAACGGAACCACCUACCGAGUCACUCUUGCUUCAGAAGCCUUAUGGUAGAAAUAAGCCUCUCAUCUCACGCACAAUGAUGAAGAAUAUUUUGGGUCAUGCAUUCUACCAGCUCGUAGUGGUUUUUACACUGUUAUUUGCUGGGGAGAAGUUUUUUGAUAUCGACAGUGGAAGGAAUGCUCCUCUGCACGCUCCCCCCUCCGAACAUUACACUAUUGUGUUCAAUACCUUUGUGCUGAUGCAGCUUUUCAAUGAAAUAAAUGCCCGGAAAAUUCAUGAUGAAAGAAAUGUGUUUGAAGGAAUCUUUAAUAAUGCCAUCUUCUGCACCAUUGUGCUAGGCACCUUUGUGGUCCAGAUACUAAUCGUGCAGUUUGGUGGGAAACCUUUCAGCUGCUCAGAACUUUCAAUAGAACAGUGGCUGUGGUCAAUAUUCCUGGGAAUGGGGACCUUACUCUGGGGCCAGCUUAUUUCAACAAUUCCAACUAGCCGUUUAAAAUUCCUAAAAGAAGCUGGUCAUGGAACACAAAAGGAAAAAAUACCUGAGAAGGAGUUAGCAGGGAAUGUUGAAGAGAUUGAUCAUGCCGAAAGGGAGUUGCGGCGUGGCCAGAUCUUGUGGUGUAGAGGUCUGAACAGAAUCCGAACACAGAUUCGAGUGGUGAAUGCAUUUCGUAGUCCUUUAUAUAAAGGGUUGGAAAAGCCACAAUUAAGAAGUUCAAUCCACAACUUUAUGACACACCCUGAGUUUAGGAGAGAAGAUUCAGAGCCUCCCAUCCCUCUUAUUAACGACACUGAUGCUGAAGAUGGCGCUCCUACAAUACCCAACUCCAGCCCUCUGCCCUCUCCUAACAAAAAUAACAAUGCUGUUGACAGCGGAACUCACCUUACAGUAGAGAUGAACAAGUCUGCUAGCUCUUCAACCCCAGGAAGCCCGCUACAUAGUUUGGAAACACCGCUCUGAUUGUAAGCUGAAUGUUAACACACUGGCUGCAUUGUAAAGAAACAAACUGAAACUGUGUCUUUUCACAUAGUGUGACGGACAAGAUAGUAUUUCUUGUCUUUGGACUUCAACAGAAGACACACUUGUACAAAAGUAGAUUUAUUUAAAAAAAAAAAAUGCAAAGCUUUCUGCCAGACUGAGGGUGCUUUUGGGGGGAUGGGAGAAACGAACUGAUGGAUGAACAGCUCGGCAUAAGUACCUAGCGUGGUCCUGACCGUGUAUUAGCAGAGCUGUGGUUUAUCUCAGUCCUUGAUGAGAGAAAGGGAGAAAAGUUGGGAGAAAGAAGUAAAGCUGGGCAAGACAGAGAACCCUGGAUCAUUGAAUGAAUACUUUAAUUUCUGCUGUUGGCUGUUAAUAAUUCGGAUUAUUUAUGUUUAUAAAUGAUACAGAUCUGUUUACAAGGUUUGUAGAUACUUUUUUUGUUCUUCUUCAUAGAUGAGAAGCUUCCUUAUAACUAAUGCAGAGAAAAACUAGUCCUUCAAAUACUGCUGUAUUUUCAGGAAAUAAAAAAAGGGGUGUUUCUACUGAAA